UCAUGUGGAUUUUGCAUUUUGGAUUUUCUGUUGGAUCUCUCUGUUCGUUUGGAUUAGUUAUGAUUUUGGAUGCUCUGGCCACUCGGCUUGGACUGUCGGCACUUGGACAAUGACGCCAACGAUCCUAUUGUGGGUCCUCAUCCUAAAUGCCUCGCUCAAGCCCUCAGAAAGCCACGGUCAUGAGUUCAGAGAGGCGAAGGACUAUGAGGUGGUUAGACCUGUCAGACUUCACACAGUUAGAAAAAGACAUACAGAGCAUCUCAGGCCAGAAACUAUUAAGUAUGCAAUGACAGUGGGAGGAAGAGACAUUGAAAUGCGACUUGAAAAAAAUAAUGAAUUACUCACCAAAGACUACACUGAGACUUACUACCAAGAAGAUGGAACUCGCCUCACCACAACACCGAAUGACAUCGAUCACUGCUACUAUCAUGGGAGGAUUGUGAAUGACAGCGAAUCAUCUGUUAGCAUCAGCACUUGUGAUGGACUCAGGGGUUACUUCAGAACGUCUGCCCAGAAGUACCUGAUCGAGCCCCUGUCUGGUGGCGAUGAGGGGGAUCAUGCAGUGAUGACUUUUAACGAGACAAACUUCACACCUGCAGUUUGUGGUGUCACCAACACCAGCUGGAGUUCAGACUUUGAACCACCAACAAGCCGCAGCCGCUCCAGAUCAGGGGGUUCAUCUAUUGUCCAGCAACAGAAAUACAUUGAGCUCGCCCUCGUUGCUGAUAACCGUGCCUACUUGAAGUGGAACAAAGAUCAGACAAAACUGAGAAACAGGAUAUUUGAAAUUGUCAACUAUGUCAACAUGGCAUAUAAGCCCCUGAGGACCUUCAUUGCUCUGGUGGGGUUGGAGGUUUGGUCCAAUGGUGACUUGAUCACUGUGACCCCCCCAGCCGGGGCAAAUCUGGACGCUUUCAUGAAGUGGAGAAACUCUGAUCUGAUAAAAAGGAAACCGCAUGACAACGCACAUCUUGUCAGUGGUAUUGACUUUGAAGGACCAACUGUGGGACUGGCGUUCAUUGGAACUCUUUGCUCAGAUCACUCUGUUGGAGUAAUACAGGAUCACAAUGACCGGGCCAUUGCAGUGGGAGCGACACUGGCUCAUGAGAUGGGCCAUAAUCUGGGCAUGGAUCAUGAUGACUCGAGCGGCUGUGUUUGUUCCGGGGAUAGCUGCAUUAUGGCUGCAGCACUCAGCUGGAAUAUUCCUAAGACUUUCAGCAGCUGCAGCACCAGUAACUACGAGAGAUACCUGACAAGCCGCAGCCCCAGCUGCCUGCUGGACAAACCAUCCUACAAAAGUCUGGUGACUCCCUCUGUGUGCGGGAACGGUUUUGUGGAGGAAGGAGAGCAGUGUGACUGUGGCACUGUGGAGGAGUGCCCCAACCAGUGUUGCAAUGCCACCACCUGCACCCUGAGGGAGGGAUCACAGUGUGCUGAUGGCGAGUGCUGUGACAACUGUAAGAUCUUGCCUCGGGCCAGGGUGUGCCGCAGGAAGCAGGAUGAGUGCGAUCUGGCAGAGUACUGUGAUGGGAAGAGUGCCACUUGUCCUGAGGAUGUCUUUAGUGUGAAUGGUAUCCCAUGUAAUGGAGACCAGGGGUACUGCUACAAUGGCCAGUGUCCACAGAGGUCAAACCAGUGUGUCAAGAUGUAUGGAUCAAGUGCUAUAGAGGGCCGUCCGAACUGCUAUGAUCAGAACGCCAGAGCAACCUACUACGGCUUCUGCAGGCGCCCCGCAAAGGACACCUACAUCCCCUGCCAGCAACAAGAUUUGUUUUGUGGGAAGCUUUUCUGCCAAAACGGUAAUGACAACCCAAACUAUGGCCGCAUGGUCAGGAUCGGUGACUGCAAGGCAUCUUUCUUUGAAGACUACACCAAAGACUAUGGCCAGGUGGAUGAGGGGACUAAAUGUGGCCUUAGUAAGGUGUGCAGCCAGAAUCAGUGUGUGGAUCUUCAGACAGCUUACAGAAAUACAAACUGCUCAGCAAAAUGCUCAGGUCAUGCUGUGUGCAAUCACAGGAGCGAGUGUCAGUGUGAGCCUGGCUGGAUGCCUCCUGACUGCACUUCAGAGGAUGGAUCUUCCAGUCUUCAUUCUACUGGAAAAAUCAUCGCCAUCGUGGUGACAGUUAUACUAGUGGUUUUAGGCAUCAUUGCAGGUGCUGUUGGGUUUAUCUGGAAAAAACGACAAAGCCCCGUUUUGCCAACCCCACACACCCAAAGGAAAAAUCCAGCAGUAGAAAGCUCCGCUUACCGCUUAAACAAAGGGCCAGUUCCUAACCAACCCAUGCCGGUGCUACAGGAUGGAAGGCCAAAGCCCAGGGGAGCACCACCUCCACCACCUCCAGCAGGGAACAGACCAAAACCCCCGGCCCAGAACUACAUAGCUGCACGUCAGGCCCUGAGGCCAGUACCUCCUCCAAUUGUCUGAUGUCUGACACAGUGCCACACAGAGACUUAUCUUUGUCCACUGUGCCCAACGAUAGGCUGCUGGCAAUCCAGAGUAACUUUUAUGAAAGCCGUCCCUCUGCAGUUUUCUUUACUGCAGUGCUGUCUGAAGCGCGGGUGUUUUGUACCAGUGACAUGCAGAGUGAGCGAGGCACAAACUGGACUCUGUCUUUCCUGCUGAAAUUUGAAAUUGUUACUUGUGAGUACUGGUUAUUACAGGGAUGAGCUUUUUGUUUUUAAGGCACUUUUUUUAUUCUAUAGAGUUCGGGUUACAACAACAAACAGCUCUGGCCCUGAAAAUGAGCCAUAUAAUUUUAUACGUUAUUGUCACAAUAAUACAGAAUAUUGCACAAGACUGAACUAACAGUAACGAUAGUUUGCUAAUAAUUUAUAUAGUUUUUAACUUUCAAAAAUGUCCUGAACUGCUUUUAUUUGAUGUGAUGGUCUGAAAUUUCAGAGUCAGGUCCAUUAUAGUGUAACAGAAAAUAUUUAAAGAUUUUCAGAUUAAAGCAUACUCUUAUUAGUAGGACCGCCACGUCUGCAUUUUUUGUUAAAGCAAUGCGUUCAUUAAAUAAUACUGUAAAAUGAGAGAAUGCAAGAAAGGAAUAAUGUUGGUGAUUUUUAAUGUAUGUUUUUAACCUCUUAAGACACUGUCCUCAUAUGGAGACAUGUUAGGUUUUAGGCUCCCUGCACUGUAUACUUCAUUCUGGUUAACUUGGACCUAUUGUCCCCAUUAGUGGACACUUGCCUGUGCCCUCUAGGCUCACUGUUUGCACAGCCAUGUUCUGUUGUGAUGUCUGUUUCUACUUCCACACUCCAACUAACACAGAAUCAAGAGUUAAGACAAAUAUACAUGUUUGCUGCAGGUCUAAGAUCAAGUUAAUUUCCUAUUGAAUAAAUUGUCAUCAUCCCUUUCAUGUUCUAAUGUUAGGGCACUUAUAAACCAAAACAUCUGACAGUGUGGCACCUUAUCAUUAUUACUAAUUUGGUUUAUGUAAACAGAUUUUUUGCAUUGGACACUUUGUCAUAUUGCUGCUUGUCUCAAGAGUUCACUAUGUGAACAUGUACAUAAUGUAUAAAACCUAUUGAGGUCAACACGCAGGUUUCACAUUAAGUACUGACUGAAGAUGUUUAUUGUUUUUAAAUCUUGAAUGACUUAAUGUUGUAGCAAUACUAACCAAAACCAUGAAACUAGUGAACAGUGAGGAUACCACGCAGCAGAGGUCUCGGCGAGAAAGAUUUCUGUAUACAUGUUAUAGUUUUGCCAAUGACUUAAAAAACACUGUAUUGCUUUCCUGUGCUGUGUUAAAGGAGCGUGUAACCCUGGUGGUAGUAAUCUUGAUGUUAGAAGGCCUUUGACUGAAUAUUACUCAUCUAUGCUUAAACUUUGCCCAUGAGCAAGGCAUUAACCCUCAAGUCUCCCUGUGAAAGGGGUGGAGUUGCACUGGGCAACGCAGUGAGAAUGUCUGAUGUAUCAAAGUUUUGAAAACAAAUGCUUAUCAUAAACUAAUAAUAGGGGGAAAACACUUUUUUGUACCAUUGUGUGCAGAACUUAAAUCUUUACGCUGAAACAUUUUUGUGACUAUGUAAUUAUUCUGAAUUAAAAUGUCUACAAAACAACUAGA